CUAGUGUCAGCUAAUGGAACGGGAGCCCGGAGGUUGCUCUCAUGGCUAUGGGAGCCGAGAAGAUGAGUUUGAACGUUUCCAUCCCACUGGUUCUCACCAUCUACAUCUUCACCUUCCUGAUCGGCCUCCCGUCCAACCUCCUGGCCUUCUACACCUUCCUGAUGAAGGUCUGCCAAAAACCCACCCCCGUCGACAUCCUUCUCCUCAAUCUCACCAUAUCUGACAUCUCCCUUCUCAUCUUCCUCCCCUUCAAGAUGGUGGAGGCCAUCUCAGAUAGGGCGUGGACCUUGCCCGCUUUCCUCUGCCCACUCACCAGCUUCUUCUUCUACAGUAGCGUCUACAUCAGCUCCCUCUUCCUCAUGGCCAUCAGCGUUGAGCGCUACUUGGGUGUGGCCUUUCCCAUCAAGUACAAGAUCCGGCGCCGGCCAGCCUAUGCCACCGCUGCCUCCGUGGUCUUGUGGGUGGUGGGCUGUGCCCACUGCAGCAUCGUCUACAUUGUCCAAUACCAAGACCCGAGCCAGAACAGGACUGCACCCUUCAACAACGCGUCCCACUGCUACGAAGAUUUCUCCCCUAGGCAGCUCCUGGUCCUGCUCCCUGUCCGGCUGGAGCUCUUCCUGGUCCUCUUCUGCCUCCCCUUCACCGUCACCAUCUUCUGCUACAUCAACUUUGUCCGUAUCCUGGUGGCCCUGCCCAACAUCCCGGCCCGGAGGAAGCAGCGGGCCGUGGGCCUGGCCGUGGCCACCUUGUUCAACUUCAUCGUCUGCUUCGCCCCCUACAACCUGUCCCACGUGGUGGGCUUUGUCCAGAAUGAGAGCCCCUCCUGGAAAGUGUACGCUCUUCUCCUCAGCACCCUCAACGCCGCCCUGGACCCCGCCAUCUUCUACUUCUCCUCCAGUGCCGUCCAACGGGCCUUCACCAACUGCCUGGCCACCCUGUGGAACAAACUCAGCACCAUCUUGUCCCGGUGCCAUCUCCACUGCUUCACUCGCUGCGGGGAAGGGGGCAGAGAGGGGGAAGUGACCAGUGGGAUGGAGGCUGAGGAGUUGAUGACUUGAUUUCCUGGAUGAGACCGACUCUCUGCUUCCUCCGCAGAGCCUUCCUUGUUCCAGGCUCUGCAGAAGCAAGAGUUAGGUGUGACGGGUUCCCCACUCCCGGAUCUGGGGUACCACUGAGUCCUCUAACCUACCAACCUGGGCUCCCUCUCGCACUGUGUUGCUAUGACAAGUUACCAAACCUACCAGCCUGCACUUUCACCGGCAUAUAUACUAGUAGGAACUCACCCAAAUGCAGUUACACGCAGCUCUCUGACCAGCUCCUGCAUGGGAAAGCUACUCCCAGCUCCUCAGGCACGCACCCUCACUGGAGUAUAAACCCAAAAUUAUACCGUCUUGUGCUUCUCCAGUCCAGGCAGGGUGUGACGGAUGCAACUGGUUCUCGCCCCUGGGAUGCCACCUGGAAAUGGGGUACCACUGAGCCCCCUGACCCACCAGCCUGGGCUCCCUCUCACACUGUACUGCUGUGACAAGCUACAAAGCCCUCCAGCCUGCACUUUCACCAGCAUUCACACAGGUAGGGACACAGCCAGCUGCUCAGGCGCACACACCCUCUCUGGAGAAUAA